UGCCUUCCCUCCUCCCCAGCAGCCCGCGCCGUUGCUCCUCUAUUGUGCGCACAUUGUGUCGACGACACAAUUCCCUUCUCUUCUAUUGUCACUCUUUUGUUGCCUAUUUGUGGCCUUCAUUGCAACCACUUCGCCAUUCACACAAUUCAGAGACUGCGUCUCCCUUAAAUUCCGCCCGCCUCCUCCCCCGCCGUUGCCUACACCAACUCGUUAACCCCUUACUUCCCAAUAAUUCUCCAUCCACGCCACCCGCAUUCUUCACCCGCGCACUAAACAAAUCAUCUCCAUCAAAACCGAGAAGAAACCGCGUCUCUGCAGGCCACUGACGCCCCUCCCUUGCUCCAUCUCGGCCCUGUUCUUUCCUCCACUUCCCACAACAAAACAACAACAAAAAUCAAUCUUCUCUUCAACCCCCGCUUCUCCAUCAUCAUUAUGGUAGCCUUCCGUGCAGCUGCGCUGCUCCUCUCCCUCCAAGCUCUCCUUUCUUCCGCUGCCCCCGUGCCGCUAGAUCAAGCCCCCGCGCCCGCUCCUUCCCCGGCUACGGGAUACUGGCUGGCCGACAUCAAACACCAGGGCGUCGCCGCUUUCAACAACGACAAGGGCUUCAAGGUCUUCCGCAACGUCAAGGACUACGGUGCCAAAGGGGAUGGCUCUACCGAUGACACCGACGCCAUCAACGCCGCCGUCGCCGACGGCAACCGCUGCGGCCAGGGCUGUGAUUCCUCAACCACCACUCCCGUCAUUCUCUACUUCCCCGCCGGCACCUAUAUCGUCAGCAAGCCCAUCAUCCAGUACUACUACACCCAGUUCAUCGGAGACCCUCGCCAGCUGCCCGUCCUGAAAGCUUCGCCCAGCUUCCAGGGCAUGGGCCUGAUUGAUGCGGAUCCCUACAUCGAGGGCGGCAAUGGUGCCAACUGGUAUACGAACCAGAACAACUUCUACCGCCAGAUCCGUAACUUCGUCAUCGACAUCUCCGCCGCCAGUGUCGCCUCGGGCAUCCAUUGGCAGGUGUCUCAGGCGACCAGCCUGCAAAACAUCGUCUUCGAGAUGGCCAAGGGAGACGCUGGCUCACAGCAGAAGGGCAUCUUCAUGGACAAUGGUUCCGGCGGCUUCAUGGCCGACCUCGUCUUCAACGGCGGUGCCAUCGGCGCCUUCUUCGGCAGCCAGCAGUUCACCACCCGCAACUUGACCUUCAACGAUUGCGGCACUGCCAUCUACAUGAACUGGAACUGGCUCUGGACCCUCAAGUCCGUGUCCAUCAACAACUGCAAGCUCGGUCUGGACAUGGCCAAUAACCCUUCCAACCAGACCGUCGGUUCCGUCAUCUUGAUGGACAGCAAGCUGGUCGGCACCCCCGUUGGCGUCAACACCUCCUUCUCGGCCAAUAGUGUCCCCGAGACCGGAGGCUCGCUCAUCCUUGACAACGUCGACUUCACUGGCUCCCAGGUCGCUGUGCAGGACGCAACCGGCGCUCCCAUCCUCGCAGGUGGCAAGCUCGUCACUGCUUGGGCCCAGGGUCAUGCGCUCGCCGCGGGUGCUGAACCGAGCCGCGUUCAGGGCGACAUUACGAAUGCGCCUCAAAAGCCUGCCAGCCUCCUCGGUCAGAACGGCUUCUUCGAACGCACCAAGCCGCAGUACGAGAAUGUACCCGUGACGCAGUUCGUCAGCCUCAAGGACAAGGGUGCAAAGGGUGACGGACGGACCGAUGACACCGACGCCAUUCAGGCUGCCAUCGACGGACUCCAGGACGGACAGAUUCUCUUCGUCGACCACGGCGGUUACUUGAUCACCAAGACUGUCACCAUCCCGGCUGAGAAGAAUGUCAAGAUUGUCGGCGAAAUCUGGCCCAUGUUCCUUGCCACGGGCGAGUUCUUCGCGAACCAGGACGACCCUAAGCCUGCGUUCAAGGUCGGCAAGAACAGCGGCGACAAGGGCACCUUCGAAAUGAGCGACUGUAUCAUCACGACCAAGGGCCCUGCUCCUGGCGGCAUCCUCAUGGAGUGGAACAUCAACUCGGAACAAGCUGGCGGCGCAGGCCUGUGGGAUGUUCACUUCCGUGUGGGGGGUUUCGCCGGCACGGAUCUCCAGUCGUCCAACUGCAAGAAGAACCCGACCGUUCAGCACGAUCCCAACCCAAAGUGCAUUGGUUCCUUCAUGCAACUGCACAUCACCAAGUCGGCCAAUGCGUACAUUGAGAACGUGUGGCUGUGGACUGCUGACCACGAGUUGGACCAGGCCGACCACGCCCAGAUUGACAUCUACAAUGGCCGCGGUAUGAUCAUCGAGUCGCAAGGUCCCGUCUGGCUCUGGGGUACGGCCUCCGAACACUCCGUCCUCAGCCAAUACCACCUCCAGAGCGCCAAGGACAUCUACCUGGGUGCCAUCCAGACCGAGACUCCCUACUUCCAGCCGAACCCGCCCGCCACGGUCCCCUUCAAGGUGAACGCCAAGUACUUUGACCCGGACUUCAGCAAACAAGACUCCAAGUCCGCCUGGGCCGUUCGCAUCAUCGACAGCCAGAGCAUCUGGCUCUACGGCACCGGCACCUACUCCUUCUUCGACAACUACGCCCAGGAGUGUGUGUCCAACCAGAACUGCCAAGAACACAUCAACCAGGUCGACGGCUCUCGAAACGUCAACUGGUUCGGCAUGUCGACCAAGGCGUCUGUCAACAUGGUGACUUCGAAUGGUGUGGGCCUUGCAAAGGAUGCGGACAAUCGCUCCAAUUUCUGCGCGACCCUGGCGAUCUUCGCUCAGCCUUAGAAGGUGACUGAGCAUCAUAAGCAUCCACCAUCUCCACCUUUUCCCACGCCGCAUACGCAUUCCUCGGGACCUUGAGGGUUUCGGAACCAUUUUGGGUUUCUCUUCGCUUCUUCCCUGGUCUUCAUUUCCCGUCCUUACACCAGGGGACGGGAAUGGAACGGGCCUUUGUUAUGGCAUUAUACUUUGACUUCCUUUCCUCUUUCCCACUCUUGUACCUGCAAUGAAUACUGACAGUCGGCUUGGCUGUCUUUUCCUUCUCACCCGUCUCUUCUUGUGCAUAGUAGGGCUGCAUAUUGGUUCUUUUGGUUAUUGUGAUUGGUGAUGCAAUGGAAUCAAGAUAUGAGUGAGGCAGGGAACCUCCGGGAUCGGAUUGCAAUCGUAUAGGUAUUGACCAAGUUAUCAUUCUCCGGCAGAUGAAUGAAUUCUCGAUCAAAUGCACUUUCUUCUUUGUCUUUAUGCGUGUGCGUUUUCCCAGGG